CUGGCUCUUGGUUAGAAACGUCUGGGUUGUACAAUUCGGGGUGAAUUGCAAAGCUUAAAGACAGAAAAAGGAGGGAUAUUGUUUUAGUUAGACACCAGAACGCAGUAUAGUUUUAUAAACAGAAACUCCAAUGGUUUCUCGGUCUAUCUCGGACGAACAGGGAGGUUUAAAAAUGUAAUUGUAUGUCAUAGAAGUAAACGGCUUUUUUAAUGUACUGUAUUUUAUGGACGCUUAUGUGAGAGGGUAAGGGGAGAAGAUAUUAUGAAACAAAACAGAAUCAACUGAUGCAGGCUUCACAGUCUGACAUUUGGAAUGAAAGAGUGAGCUGGUCGGUUUGUAAACAAGCUAGCUGUCCUUACAAGCAGCGUUGACGUUUUUUAAAAACAACAAAAAACAAAACAAACAAAAAAAACUAUGUGUGUGUGUGUGUGAGAGAGAGAGUAUAUUUAAAACAAAGUAAGACAAUACAUGAACGGCGUGGAAUUAUAUGAAAUCGUCAAGAUUUGGUGCCGAUCGUUCAGACGGAUAUAUGGGGUAUUUAUUUAAACAGCCCGUAUGUGUGGAUUUUUCAAUUCCAUCUGCCUAACUCAGAAAAAGACACUGAAUGGUUUUUAAACAGAGUGAGAUACGCAUCUUUCCUUAGGCGCUGAACUCUAAAUAAACGCUUGCACAUAGCUGCAAAACACCUUUUUGCUGCAUAUACAGCUCCCCGGACUCACAGAUCAAACACGGGUUUGAUAAACACGUCCUGUUUUAAUUCACCAAUGUAUUUAUUUCUCGAAUGAUGGUGUAAUUAUCGUUGCCGAGGUUGUUAUGCACUGAAUAAUUCAAUGCGAGUGCACGCAGAGGAGCUGUUUGGUCUGCGGUGGUGCUGAUGCGGCUUGACCAUGGCUGCAGGAAAGUUGCUUCUCUACGCUGGCCUUUCUCUCGCCCUCUGCGCCUUGGGCAUGCUCGCAGUGGCUAUCUGCUCCGAUCACUGGUACGAAACAGACGCCAAGAGAUACAGGGAAAGAUGCAAGAGCUUCAGCAACAGGAGGAAAGACCCAGGCUUUAUAUACAUACCCAACAACAGCCUUCCACUGAGGGCUAGCAGAUCGAGACUGGACCGCUGGGAAGAGAAGUUGCUGUUGGCGAGAAAUCGGAGGCAGCUUUUUGCCAUGAGCGCUGCAGACGAGUGCAACAGGCAAUAUAACUCCACCAACAUGGGGCUGUGGAGCAAAUGCCAUCGACCAGGGUUCGAUCAGGAUAUGGAGGACCUUGUCGCCAAAGGUUCCAUCGAGAGAUGCUCUUACAUGAAGUACCACUACUCUUCUGCUGCAAUCCCCAAAAACCUCUCCUACAACAUCACCAAGACCAUUCGACAGGACGAGUGGCAUUCUUUGCACCUGCGCCGGAUGACGGCUGGGUUCAUGGGCAUGGCCGUUGCCAUCAUUCUCUUUGGCUGGAUUGUCGGGGUGCUGGGGUGCUGCUGGGACCGGGGUCUCAUGCAGUACGUGGCAGGCCUUCUUUUCCUUAUGGGAGGCACCUUCUGCAUCAUAUCUCUCUGUACCUGUGUGGCCGGAAUCAACUUUGAGCUCUCCCGGUACCCCCGCUAUCUUUAUGGGUUGCCUGAUGACAUCAGCCAUGGUUACGGCUGGUCCAUGUUCUGUGCCUGGGGUGGCCUGGGGUUGACCCUCAUUGCUGGCUUCUUCUGCACCCUGGCUCCCUCUGUCCAGCCCCUGCCUCACUCUGCCUGUCCUAAAUCCAGGCCAGAGAAUGGCACUGUCUGCUAAGGACUUCAAUCUAACAAAACCACCAACACCACAACCUCCCUCUCCAAGCAGAGAGGCAUCUGAUCUGGUUACUGGGAGGCCCUUUCAUUGCUUAUUUUAAGGGCUCCACUAAAGAACGAGAUGGAAGUCUCACCUCUGACCUUUUCCGGCUAUAUAUUAUAAAUAUAAAUAUAUACUUUUUUUUUUUUUUUAAACAUGUUCCGUGAGCAACUUGUUUUUUUUCUUUGGGCAGUCUUUAAAAAGGAGAAGAACCCAUUCUAACCAAGUCAGAUUAAUCAGUAUGGUCAAACAAAACAACAUAAGAACAAUGGACCUGUUAUAUCUUGCAAUGUAUGCGUUUUCAGCUAUCUCUAACGGAUGGUAAACACACUGAAGAUUAAUGUAAAAUUAUGAAAAUUGUCUUCUGUACACAAUCAAUUCAGACAGAAUAUGAAAUUGUUGAUGCUGUAUUUAUUCAGCCUGUGUCUCAGUAGAUAAAGAUAUACAGCAGUACAUUGUACAGUAUGAUGGAAUGUUCUGAAAAACAGACUCCUCAGAGCAGCCAAAGCUUUUAUUUUUAUGUAUGUGUUAAUUUCUUGAUUUUUUUUCUUUGGAUGACAGACAAAACAGCAUCUAUGGCUGAAAGAUGGCUACCCUUAUAACAGACUGUUUUGUGGGACUGAUACAAACUGACUUCUUUAAACACACAAUGAGAGAGAAAGUUGGGGUGGUCAUUUGGUAAUUCCAGUCUCAACAUUACAAAACUAAGUAACAUUUUGUUAGAUCCUGUACUGAGGGAUUCUGGGAAAAGUGGACACAUUUAGGGUUCCUUUGCUUCCUUCAAAACGCUGUCAUGGAUAUGUUUCUUCAAUGUGUUGCUAUCCAGUAACCAAGGGAGGGUUUGACUUGACCUGAACUGCUGCUUUCUCUGAGUGAAAAUGUAUAAUGUUGGACCUUUGGGAUUGUAUAAUAUUGUAAAGAAUAUUAUUGAGAAGAAGAAAACAAGAAAUCAAGAUUUACAUGUACAAAACUUUCUGUUCUCCAAUCUACUAAUCCCAUGUUUCCUUUUUGGAAAAAAUUACAGAUUUUCUUUUUCUUAAUCUGUUCUUUGUGUGUGUGUGCGUGUGCGUGUGUUAUUUUUCAUUACCACCGUUUUCAUACAGAUAAUUGGUUGUUGGUGUUUUACAGUCUGUACAAAAGAAAAACAAAAAACACUCAAUUGUAAAAUUUACAGAGAAACAAAAAGAUCAUUUUUUUCCAAUGAGAGAAUUUAAUGGACCAGAAAGCUGCAGUAUCAUUUAGUUUAUAUUUGCUUUCUUCUGAAAUGAAGUAUGAAAAAAAUAAUUUAAAAAAAUUGCCUUCAACAGAGAAAGCAAAACUGUUACAGGGUCUGUUACAGUACAUAACAGUUAACACUUUUUUGGGUCCAAAUUGUAAAAGACUAGGAGAAAUAAAAGUACCAUAAAUGUAUAUGAAACAGUGCAGAGUUAUUAAAGCUUUUGCAAAAAAGAAAAACAAACUGUUAAAAUAUGUCGUUGCUAAGGCUACAAAAUAAGGUUCCCCCCUUUAAUUAACUUUCAGGACUGUUUGCACUAAUCCCUUUAUCAUUAAACAGUGGAAUUUUAAAAUCUAAUAUAUUUUAAUCACUUAGGAAAAGCAUCUACUUACAACGCUUUGUAGAAGACCCCUCCUGCAUAUUGGUCUGUGAUUUCUGUACUGAAAAUGGAGGACCUGAUUCUAAAGGCAAAGGCACCAUUGUUAUUAGCUGUCUCUGUCUUGACAUCAUCUCCCCUCCUCCCAACUCUGCUGAUUGCUUGUUUACCUUGAGCCAAUCACAUUGUUAAAAACUGGUUAAUUUAGGUUCACUACCAGCAAAAGCAUCCCUCCCUCUGCACGUGGAUGAAUAAUCACCACCUCAAGAAUUGAGUGCUUACUGAGGUGCUAGGAUUGAAAUCAUUCUGAAUCAUACAUCCUACUCUUAUCUGUUCUUUUUCAAAGCCAUUUACCGGUUAUGAGAGUACUGCUAUUUGUGAAUGUAAAAAUCAAUACUAUGCUACUGUUAAGCCCUCGAUUUACUUGGACAAUCAAUAUUGGAUUUUUACAUUCACAAAGAGCAGGACUCUCGUAACCAGUAAAUGGCUUUGAAAAAGAACAGAUAAGAGUAGGAUAUAUGAAUCAGAAUGAUUGGGGUAAAAUCUUAUUAUUUGGAAAAGUUCUUUUUUUUAAUUUUUAUUUUUUAGCUUGAAGCACUUCUUUCAGCCGUAUGUAUUAAUUAAACAUCUAUUCCUUACUGCAAACAAUAGGACUUAUCCUACUUUCAUUUUGGUUUGAUUUCUGUAUUUCUCUUUUCACUUUCUCCCGACCCACAGCUCCAAUACCCUGAAAGCCAGUCUCCCAGUGCGGUCCUUGUUAUCCAUUCCCUGCAGUCUUCAGCUCAAACCAUCUGGCUACACCAUGCAUAACUCACAGCCUACUCCCCCCUUCCCAUUCUUUGAUUAAUUAUAAGACCAAACCUUAAUCACUUGGCCACUGUUUCACAGUCUCACAGCUCAACCGCAAGGCGACACUGCCUCCCAGUCCAUAGCUCCAACCAUCAGGCACACUUCAUCCCAGUCUCUCAGCUUUAAGUACAAGACCAUACUUUUUAUGCCUCAGUUUGGGGCCCCAUGCGAAUUUGAGAGAGUCAAGGUUGUUUAAAUACCAUACUAUAAGUACCAGAAUGCAUUGCAUAGCCAUUAGUCCUAACCACUAGACCACGCUGUCUCCACGCUCCUUCACAACAACCGAAAGACUACUUAUUCUUAACUGAACUUUAACCAGUCUCAAAACAAAAAAAAAAAUCCAGAAGUUUCGAUUUUGGCCUUCAAAGACCCAUCUACUUUCAACUGUGAGCCUCCAGGGAUACUGCAACUUUUGUUUAACAAGCAUUAAUAAAUAACAAUUCUGUCAGCCUAUUACACCAGUAGUGGUCUGUUAAGUAAAAAAAUUAACAAUCCUGAAUAUGUUCAACUGUGCAAUGUAAAACUGUACAAAUAAACUCUCAUUGGUGUGUUUUACUUGUGUGUAUAGUUUAAUCAACAUGUAAGCUCAUCAGAUGUUACAUUUUUGGCAUCAGGUUAACAUCUAAAUAUGAGAGUAAGGGCAAAGAUACAUUUUCUACAGUACAUAACUAGCAAGAAACACCAUAGUUUCAGCUAGGAGCAAGAAUAGUAAUUUCUUGGUAGUUUUAUACUGUUAUUCCUUUCAGAAAACAGUAUAUAUUAUAAUAUCAUGUCAUAUAAAACUAAGCAACAUACUAAAAAUGCAAUUGUUUAAAGAUUGUGCUCAUGUUAAAUAAUGGAUGCAAAGUAGGACAAAUGACCUUAAAAUGAACAGAACUGCAAAAGUGCACCUACAUAGGAUUCAAUGCA